AUGGCACCUACAGAAAAUGGAGAUGAACGAGGUGGACAAGGAAGACCACCAGGUAGUAGUAAUAAUAAUAUACUUUUUGAUCAAUCAAAAAAUGAACAAAUAUCAUUAACAAAUGGAUUUAAAAAAUUACAAAUGCAUCUUAAAAAUUGGAAAUUAUCAAAUCAUCGCGAAGAAAUUACUGCCGAACGAUUAACACCAUUUCGUGUUUUUAUUAUUGCUAAUCCAAGAGAAAAAUUUACACCAGGAGAAUAUGAAUCAAUGAAACGAUAUAUUGAUAAUGGUGGAAGUAUUUUAUUAACAUUAAAUGAAGGUGGUGAAGGACGACAAGCAACAAAUGUGAAUACAUUUCUUAAAAAUUAUGGUAUUGAAGUUAAUGAUGAUAGUGUUAUUCGAGCAGCAUAUUAUAAAUAUUUCUAUCCAAAAGAAGCUCUUAUUCUUGAUGGUGUUCUAAAUCGAGCUGUAGCUGAAAAUGCACAUUUAAUUGCAUCAAAUGCACCAACACCUAAAAAUAAAAAAAGUCAAAAUGCUGUUGUUGUUGAUAAAUCAUUACGUGCUCAAGUUGCACGAUCACUUGAAUUUGUUUAUCCAUUUGGUGCAUCACUUAAUGUUCAACCACCAUCUGUACCUGUACUUUCGACUGGUUCAACAUGUUUACCAUGUCAAAGAUCAAUUUGUGCUUUUUAUACUUCUCCAUCAAAAAAUGGAGGUCGAUUAUGUGUUUGUGGUUCGACUAUGAUAUUUCAUGAUAGUUAUUUAGAAAAAGAACAAAAUCGAAGAUUAUUGGAUGUUGUUAUGGAGUUUCUUACAAAUUCAUCAUUUCGUUUAAAUGAAAUUGAUGCAGAAGUACCUGAUAUAUCAGAUGAAUCAUUAUCACCUGAUCUAAUUGCAAUGUCGGAAAUGUUAAAAUGUAGUUUACAUGAUGUUGAAGAAUUACCCAAAGAUGUACGAAAAUUACUUGAUACACAAUUAUAUAAUCUUGAUUUAACACUUAUACCAAAAAUUAUUCGAGCAUAUGAUGAACUUCAAAUGAAACAUGAACCAUUAACAUUAAUAAAACCUCAAUUUGAAGUUCCUAUGCCAGCACUUAAACCAGCUGUUUAUACACCAAUAUUUCGUGAUUGUGAACCACCAGCACUUGAACUAUUUGAUCUUGAAGAUUAUUUUGCAUCGGAAACAUCACGUUUAAAUCAAUUAACAAAUAAAUGUUCAGAACAAGAUUUAGAAUUAUUUAUUAAAGAAUUUGGUAAUAUAGCUGGUAUAUCAAGUCGUAUGCCAACUGAUCAACGUGGUGCCAAACAAAUUUUAGAAUUUGUUGUAACACAAUUAUUUGAAUUUAAACGAAUGUAUCAACCAGGAAUGGAAGAUGAUUAUAUGGGUGUUCAUGAUAAUCCACUUGAUUCAGGUAGAUAUACAUUCGGAGGAGGCGGUGGCGGUGGUGUUGCAGCAUCAAAUUUCGAUCGUCUUAUUGUCGAUUAA